UGAGGGCGUAGUUCCAACAAGUGCUGAGCAUCAUAAUUGUCUAUUACAAAGCGUAGCUCGGCGUUGUUCCGCCCUAGAAUCUCAUUUUAUGUUUAGUUAUUAGCUUAGGAGUGUUGCUUGUUUAGUUCGCAUUAAAAGGUGUAAGAGGACAAAGGGUAAAAUGUUUCCCUCGUCGAUUUUGGGGCGCAGCUACCUGCUUUUCAUGCUGGUGCUGGCCGUGGGCGUGUUCGCCCAGCACGAGUGGCAGGCUCGGGACGCCUUCGAUGAGAUCAAGCGGCAGUUCGACAAGGUGAACGCGGACAACUGCCCCAUCCAGCACCACUCGGACCUGUUCAUGCCCCUGGACGCAGUGUCCCACAAGCCAGACAUCAAGGAGGUCAACGUGAAUCCGGUCUUCCCCAAUCGCACAGCCCUGCUGCAUCUCCAGAAUAUGGCCCUGAGUAGGAGCUUCUUCUGGAGCUACAUACUCCAGUCGAGAUUCAUUCGACCCGCCAUUAACGACACCUACGAUCCCGGCAUGAUGUACUACUUCCUGUCCACCGUGGCCGAUGUCUCCGCCAAUCCCCACAUCAAUGCCUCCGCUGUAUACUUCUCGCCCAACAGCUCCUAUUCCUCCUCGUAUCGUGGCUUCUUCAACAAAACCUUCCCGAGAUUCGGACCACGUACCUUCCGGCUGGACGAUUUCAAUGACCCUAUUCACCUACAGAAGAUAUCCACGUGGAACACCUUUGAUGUACAGGAUCUGGGCGCCCAUCAUCCAGACUCCAUAUCCAAGGACUACACCCACGACCUGUACAAGAUCAAUGAGUGGUACCGCGCCUGGCUGCCAGACAAUGUGGAGGGACGGCACGAUACGAAGAUCACCUACCAAGUGGAGAUUCGCUAUGCGAACAACACCAACGAAACAUACACAUUCCACGGACCGCCUGGCUCGGAGGAAAACCCCGGCCCCAUUAAGUUCACAAGGCCGUACUUCGAUUGCGGCAGGUCCAACAAGUGGCUGGUGGCCGCCGUGGUGCCCAUUGCUGAUAUUUAUCCCAGACACACCCAGUUUCGGCACAUUGAGUACCCCAAAUACACUGCUGUUUCGGUGCUUGAGAUGGACUUUGAGCGCAUAGACAUCAACCAGUGUCCUUUGGGUGAAGGCAACAAAGGACCAAAUCACUUUGCUGACACGGCGCGGUGUAAAAAGGAAACCACGGAAUGUGAACCACUCCACGGUUGGGGAUUCAGGCGCGGUGGCUACCAGUGCCGCUGUAAGCCAGGAUGGCGGCUGCCCAACGUGGUGCGGCGACCCUAUCUGGGCGAGAUUGUGGAGCGGGCCUCGGCAGAGCAGUACUACAACGAGUACGACUGCCUCAAGAUUGGCUGGAUCCAAAAGCUUCCUAUAGUAUGGGAAAAGGCCCCCUACCACAUACGCCAAAAAUAUUUGGACAGACACCAGGAAUAUCGCAACUACUCUACCGGCUCAAGGGCCCUCCAUACGGAGCAUAUAAACAUUGAUCAGGCGCUGAAGUACAUUCAUGGAGUCAACUAUCGCACUUGCAAAAACUUCCAUCCGCAGGAUCUGAUUCUGCGCGGCGAUGUCAGCUUCGGCGCCAAGGAGCAGUUCGAGAACGAAGCCAAGAUGGCCGUGCGACUGGCCAACUUUAUUAGCGCCUUCCUGCAGAUAUCGGAUCCCAAUGAGGUGUAUUCGGGCAAACGUGUGGCCGACAAGCCGCUGACCGAGGAUCAGAUGAUCGGCGAGACACUGGCCAUUGUCCUGGGCGACAGCAAGGUUUGGUCGGCCACAAUGCUCUGGGAGCGCAACAAGUUCACCAAUCGCACAUACUUCGCACCCUAUGCCUACAAAACGGAGCUCAACACGCGAAAGUUCAAGGUGGAGGACCUGGCGCGCCUGAACAAGACGCACGAACUCUACACGGAGAAGAAGUACUUCAAGUUCCUCAAGCAGCGCUGGAACACCAACUUCGACGACCUGGAGACCUUCUACAUGAAGAUCAAGAUCCGGCACAAUGAGACAGGUGAAUACCAGCAGAAGUACGAGCACUACCCCAAUUCCUACAGAGCGGCGAACAUCAAGCAUGGAUACUGGGCUCAGCCGCAGUUCGACUGCGACGGAUACGUGAAGAAGUGGCUGGUGACCUAUGCGGUGCCCUUCUUUGGCUGGGACAGCCUCAAAGUCAAGCUGGAAUUCAAGGGAGUGGUGGCGGUCUCCAUGGACAUGAUGCAGCUGGACAUCAACCAGUGUCCGGAUUGGUACUACGAGCCAAAUGCCUACAAAAACACGCACAAGUGCGACGAGCAGACGUCCUACUGCGUUCCCAUCAUGGGUCGUGGCUAUGAAACCGGUGGCUACAAAUGCGAGUGCCUGCAAGGCUACGAAUAUCCUUUCGAGGACCUAAUCACCUACUACGACGGCCAGCUCGUAGAGGCCGAGUAUCAGAAUAUCGUGAACGAUGUUGAGACCCGCUAUGAUAUGUUCAAGUGCCGAUUGGCCGGCGCUUCGGGUCUGCAAUCCGCCGUGGGACUUGUGGUCGCCCUGAUCGGGCUUACGCUCACCCUGCUGUAUAGAUUUAGUUAAGCAGCCGCACGCCAAAUAACUAACGCAAACUUCCGUCCAAACGAAACUCUCAUCAAAUCUCUCCACAAAAGAUAUAACUACAAAGCAACACAGACACAAAAUUGACACCCAAAAACAAAACGAGCUGCCAGCCCAGAUCUCCGCCGUUGCUCCCUUUGAACAUUGUCAUCAUUUAUCUGCAAGGCGAUUAAGUUGUAGACAUAAUCUAUUACAAUGAAUCUGGUUAUUUGUCAUUUCUAUCAAAGGCAGCAGCAGCAGAAGCGGCAACGGCAGCGUCGGCAGAAAAGCGCAAACAGCCGCGCCUACUGCGCUCAGAUUACGGAAAUGCCGUGUAGCUCGUCUUUUUCUCCUUCGGAGAUCCUCUCUAAUGUCCGUGAAGUCGCACAGCUGUGUAUGUGAGUGUGUGCGGCGAUCGCAAACCUGUUAACAUCGGAACCCAGUUAGGCCCAGUCGUACCUACACCCAUCGGGGAGGUCGUCCAGGUCCAAGCUGAGGGUUGUUUGUGCCGCACGCACACCUUUUUUUCCUACCAACGGAUGGCACAAAAAAUCCAACGCCUGCCAUCGUGUGUUUUUCUUAUAUUAAAUCGUCGAUGGUCCGUUGGCUGCGAUUUUUUGCCUGAAUUAAAUAUAUAUGCCGAUGAUGCUGCUGCUGCUGUGGCGUUUUUUCCGCUUUUUGUUUUUUGCGCCUUGAUUAUCAUAUGCGCUUGAAUUUUUAUUAUCUGUACCCUGAGAACUUUUUCUAUGCGCCGCAGGAACCAGUUUAUCAGCCACUUGGUCUUCUACCAGGGCAAAAAAGAAAUCUCCAGCGUUUUUUCAUUAAAAACUUUAUAGCCAUAGGUAGCUGGACAGGGGCACAAAAAAUCUUUUUCACACAUUUUUCAUAGUCAUUUCAGGGCAUCGACGGUGGGCAGUAACUGUCUCAGCAUUCGGGCAACUCCUCCAUUUCCAUUUGGAAAAAUGCCCGGGUCUGCGGAAACACGUUCGAGUGGCCGACCAUGUCCGCUUUUCGUUUUGUUUUUGGGUGUCUUGUCCCCCUGACAUUCCACAGUAGAUUUGUAGAUCAGUACAAAGAAAAAAGCAAUCAAAAGUGUAAAUUGUGCCUUAAAACUGAAUUAAGUGUUCGUAGUUCUCGAAUAUUUGUAAUACCACAGACUAUAUCGAACGUCCGUCCAAUGAGCAGUCUAUUUUGUAUUAUGAGUCCAUCUAUCUUAGUGUUAAGUGCCUUGAGAUAAAUCGCAGAAUUUUUACAACAUUCUUUUUUAGCCUAAUGUAUAGAUUUUAAGUGCCUAAUAAUUCUAAAACAAUACAUAUACACAUUGUUCAAAUAUAUGAUUUUGUAGUGAAACAA